UACAUAGGAAUGCAGGUUUUGCAGCAUAGUUUAGCUCAGUUUCCAAGCUAUGCAGAAGAUGCCACUCCUCCUGCAAGGUGUCUUUGCCUAGCAGCUUUGUGAGGUGACAACAAGGAUCCCCGCUUGUUCAGGUUUUUUGGUCUCGGUCUGUGGAUAAUUUUGUUCCCAAUGGCAGCACACCGUCAGACCAACUGGAACACAGGCCUCUUUGGCUGCUGUGAAGACGUAAGCUCCUGCUGCUAUGGCUUUUGGUGCUGUCCUUGCCUUGCCUGCUCGGUUGCUGGAUCAUUUGGAGAGAACCGCUGCCUCCCCUUAUGUGAUAUCUGCAGCCCUGCAGUGGUGUCAGCCUUUGGAAUACCUCUGUUUACACCUCCCGCUGUUUUGGCUCUGAGGGUUGGCAUUCGACACAAAUACGACAUCAAGGGUUCUCUCUGCAAGGACAUUGCCACCUCAUGUGUCUGUUUGUGGUGCUCCUGGUGUCAGAUGCACCGCGAGCUAAAAUAUCGCAAGAAAAGCCCCACAGUCGUCAACAUGCAGCCCGGUCCAGUGGGGAAGUAAUGAUGAUUCCACAAACCUGUCUGUCAUGCUGGCUUUGAGUCCAAAUUGGGGUUUUGUGACAUCAACUUGAGUUAAAUGAGCACGUUUGGUCUGUUAUGCCCUUUGAAUAUAUUUUGAUUGAGUUGAUGUCAGAGAGCCAAUGUGCAGUCUUGUUUUUUCACUGUUCAGCUUGCUAUUCCCUGAAUCUAUUCCUCAGUGGAUUGGACACAUUUCCAGUUAAUUUUAUUCAACAAAACUGGCAAAAUAAUUUGAUUGCCAAAGCAAUGCUAUGCUGGAAGUUGGGAGAUACUUUCACCAAUCAAAUCAAAAAAGACUAAAGACAUACAUUUUUUAAAGAAAUUCCCUCUGUAUUUUUUUUUUUUUUUUUUUUUUGGGCAUCUUUAAAAACUGAAACCACAAAGGAACAUAAUAAAUUAUUCAAAUAAAAAGUAUUUGUUGAUAUUUUUCUCCCCUCUGUUAUUAUGCGAGCUUAAUGGGAGUGUUCUGUUUUAUAUUCUAAGUCUUUUGUGUGCAAAUUUGUAAUCAAAUGAUGAUAUUGAAGCUGUCAGUUUUUAUUCACACUUUUUGCCAUCGUCUGACUGAUGUCUGUGUAGCUGAAUGCAAAAAUCAAAUGAGAAACCUUUUUUAAUGCAGAGAGUUUUUUUUGCCUGUGCCACACCUUAGCAUAUUGUUUUUGUUUUUUUUGUUUUGUUUUCAUUUUAAUUCAUUCAUUCAUCCAUUCAAAAUAAACCACAUUUUGUGUUUUGGCUUAAAGAGCGAGUUUUUGGAGUGACUGUGACAAUGAUAUUCUAAUAUGCUUCAGUGACCCUACUGGGAAGCCAAACAGCUAUUUAUUUUCUCUAUCUUGUGAACAAUUCACGAUCUUAUAAAAAUUAUUAAUAUCAUAUUAAUUUUAAAAUUCGAACAAAUGUAUUUUCAGUUCAGCAGUACAUGACUAACUGAAUAACUUGAGCCAACAAUCUUGGCAAAUGCUGUAUUAAUUUCUUUCAGCAUUCCUCUCUAGAAGGUAAAACUUAAACAGAACGUAAGACUUAAACAGGUUAAAAAAAUUCUCAAAUAAGUAUUUGUGUAUCUAGUAUUUAAAUUUCGUUUGAAGGGAUGACUUCUGGACACAAAGUGGCACCCCAGUGUCAUGGAUUCAAAUUGGUCGUGCUCUUUCUGUGUGGAGUUUCGUACAGUGUGUAUGUGGAUUUCCUUCUGGUACUCCAACAUAAUUUACCCCUGGGAGUGAAUGUGAGUGCAUGUGGCUGUUUGUCUCUGGUUGCCAUGUGAUUUAUUGGAGACCUGGCCAUGGUGUAUCCUUCCCUCACCCAUAAUCAGAUUAACUCCAGUGCCACACGACCCUGUGCGGGAUAAGGUGGUGCAGAAUAUGAAUGGAUGAAUGAAUGGGAUUUGUUUCCUUUCAAUUUUGCUGGUGUUUAUAAACUGUUAACAUAAGUGAUCUGAGGAUUUUUCGUCCGGCUGUGUAGGUGAGGUAACACUGUAGAUUAUUUGUAUUCACACAGUAUGCACACAUUCACACAGAGUUUCACAGACGAUCUUUAUUGUUGUUGUCUUCUUUGUUCCUUUCUGUGGUUACACAUGAACUACUGUGCACACAACACUGCCCCACAAACCAACAGUGGUAUUAACCCAUUUGCUUCAUAGGCACCCUGGAAACACACCAAAUAAAGGGCAUGAUGAAUGUAA